CCGUAUCUGGAUUGUUGAUACAGGGAAAUGAAGUAUACACACUGGAAGGAAUUUAGGGUGAGCGCCAUGCGACUUUUCAUGCACAACCCGGAAGUGUUUCGAUAUAACAUCCAGUAUGCAGACCACAAGAAAGGAGUGAGUAUUAGCUGUACCGAUAAUGACAUUCACAUUGAAUACUUUGCAAAGACCUCCGAUGAUCUUCCCAAGAUCGAAUUGCUCGUCGAUUGGUUUCUCAACAAAAUGGCGUCCAGCCUUCCUUUAGAAGAGCUUCAGCAAUCGAUCCAAGCGGAAAUCGAUGCAGAGAGUGGAAAAGCACAGUUCCCUGUUUUCUAA